AGUGUAGCCUGGGUCUCUCCUGUCUGCUGUCAGGAGCGCCAUGGAGGGUCCAGGGAUUCGCCUUGCCCUGUGGCUUCUAACAUUUGCCAUGUCCCUGUCGAUGCUAUCUAGUAGUUUGCUAUUUCCUGCAGGAGUCCGAAGUCAACUCUGCGAAAGCGGGCACCUUGGAGCAAAAAGAAUAAUAUGCAACCAACCGGUAAAGAAGGGUUUCUGCAGCUUCAGUUUCUACAGAUACUACUUCAACCCAGAAUCGGCCCUAUGUGAGCCCUUCAUCUUCACUGGCUGCGGGGGCAACAGAAACAACUUUAAAACUAAAUACCUCUGUGAAGUCCGUUGCAUUCACGUAGAGAAGGACUAAUCCAAACCCAGGAAAGCAGUAAGCGAAGGAUGCAAGGAGCAGCGCCAGGCUUAUGCAGAGGGAAUAAAGUUGAAACUUUUGAC